CUUGAAAAGGGAGCACAGGUUCCCCCUGAACGGACGAGAAACUGACCACAUGCUGCUCCAGUCCACGCUCUCAUCACAUCUGCCUGUCCGCCAUACUCGUCUGUACGAUACUGCUAUCAUGGUUCGCUUGGCACUGCUGCUAGGUCUGGUCAUCAUUGAACACGUUUAUGGAAGACCUCCAUUACCUCCUCUGCCUAUGGAAGACGGCUGCCACCAAGUGUCUCCAGAGGUGGAGCUAUUCAGAGCGGAUGGCGAUGCCGUGAUCCUCUCUUUCCCUUUUUUCAAGAGACAGCUCACACUACGCAAAAUCGCCCCCCCAACAGCAAGGUACCUUAUCACCAAGGACAACGGGACAGAGGGUGAGGCCUUUGAGAGCAAUGGGCGUGUCCAGCAGCAUGAUGAACAGCUGUGGUUUCUCCCGGGUCAGGCUUCAGACUCAGGGGUUUACAACUGCACCUACAGAAAUGAAACCUACUGUGUAACCGGGAGCAUCAGGCUAUAUGUGUACGAGUCCAGCUCAUCAGACAUAAAGAAACUGUACCAUCCAAUCUCAGUCAUAGUGGGAGAGAAGCUGAUGUACAGAUGUCCCUCUCUAAGUAACUUCAACAAGACGGACAGACUGAUUGAGUGGUACAAGGACUCCAGCUCCACUGCCAUUCAAAUAGGCAGAGUGAGCUCCUCCAGCCGAGACAGUGGUCAGCUAAUUAUCCCUGCUGUGAAGCGAUCCCAUGCAGGUGUCUACACCUGUCAGCUCAGCACGCUCAUCAACGGCCAGCAGUACAAAGUCAGCAGAACUAUCCUGCUCAAAGUUGAAGAUCUAUACCCUGAAGUCACCACUGUGCCUGACCUCUCUAUGACCUCUGACCCAGAGCUAAUCAGCAGCAGCUACGACAUUGUUCACACUCCAAUGAUUCAUCCACCUGUUAUCAUUUCGCCACGGAAUGGGUCCAUUUUUGAAAGUCCGCAUGGUUCAGGAUUGGAGCUGCUUUGCAAGGUGCUCACUGAAUGUCAAAUGGCAGAUUCAACUAUGGUCACAUGGCUGGUCAAUGGCCAAUCAGUGGAGUCAUCAUACCUCGAUGGGCGGGCUCUGCAGGGGGGAAGGAGGGUAAGCAAGGUGUCCGAAAGCUGCCACAUUGAGCUGAUGCUAGUUGUUGUAGCGAUGACGGAUGAAGACAUGAAGACAGAGAUGAAGUGUGUCACUCAGAACGAAGGAGGAAGACAGGAAGUUGUCAUACAGCUUCAACUAGAGGACUCCACAUCUACAUGGCUGGUGGUAGCUGCAGUGGCUGUAUCCUGCUUCCUGACAGUGGUGUCCAUCUUCCUCUAUGUCCUCUUCAAACCUCAAAGGAAAAAGAAAAUGGAUUACAUUCUGGCUCGUCAGAGCAGCACCAUCUAUAGCUCUGCUAGUGAAUACAUGUCCUCCACAGACAGAGACCUUCUUUAAUGUGUUUGCUGUUAUAUCAGUUUAGUCUUUCAUGCAUUGCAGGGCAUGUGAUGUUGUGCAGUGGCACCACCACAUUGUGUUUUUGAUAAACUGUCCUUUUACAGGGAUUCAGUGUUUUUAAAACAGUAGCUGCAGUCACUUUUUAAUUCAGUAUGCGCUCAUGUGGCCAGUGCAGAGGCUUUCUUUCAUGCAUCUAUCUCGUAUUGGUGUGGCAGAAAUGUCCUGCCGAGAUGUAAUACAGAAUAACCAGACUGACGCUUCACAGAAGUUCAGCAGGAGUUGUAAUAAAUGGUCAAAUUCAGUGCAUGCUUCUACCAUGGAGAAACAUCUGUAUAUACAUGUAUACAGCAUAGAACUUUAUGUGAAGUCAUUCCAAUCGUUUAUUUUGUUCUAACACUCCAUCAAAAAUACACUCAGGGGCAACUUUUUUAGGGACACGUGAAAAAUGUAAUGCAAUCCAAUACAACAGGUCAGCCAUGAAUUCUACCUUUUACAAAGAUUAUAAUGUCCAUCUUUGAUUGACACUGUGAGAUAAGUAUUAUUUAACCAUGUUUUUAUUAUUGAGGUUAUAGUUUGCAGUGGAAAAACAUCUAAAACACCAACAGUUUGAAUGCAGUCCAAUCCAACACCAAACUAUAUGUAUAUGUGUUUUAAAAUAUAAUAAAUGUUCUCAGGGAAGCAUCUUGUGAAGUAGAAAAGUGUUAAGUCCAUUUGCUGAUCAUAUCUGCACAUUUACAUGGCAAAUCGGAAAGUGGUUUGAGAAACUACUGUGUGUUGAUGUGUAUGCUUGAUUGAAUGUACCAUGUUUAAUGUUAUGAUCCUAUAACAGAUGUGUUGCAUUACUGCUCCAUUAAAAGUUUGGUUUAAAUGUUCUGGUGAUGAUUUUAA